CGAUAGUGGAAGAUCGAGGCCAGUGACCGUAGUAAUCUCCUGAAGAAGAAGAAGAAGAAGAAGAUCGGUUAAGUUGAAAGGGAAGGCAUGGGCGAACCCUACUGGAGAUAUGGUGCUGUGGCUGCUCCCUCUGCUGCUGAAAGAGAUACUACUUCAAGAACUGCAUUUCCUGGUUAUUCGCCUUCUAACCCAGCGUUGACAACUCAUCAUUUGAGCUCAAAUAAUUUGCGAGGGUCUUCUUCAGAUUAUCUGCAUAAGGAUGUCUUACCAUUGCGGCCUGGGGCUUAUGGUUUAGAUGAUAUUGGCGGCAUUGCUGGUCAUGCUGCACUAGGACCCAGUGGAUUGACAGCUGGUGCAAGCAUAAAUAGGUUUCCAUCUCCUCUAGAGGAUCCAGCUCUAAUUAGCCAAAGGCGGGAUGUUUCACUGGGCAUCAACCCUAGCAUGCCUGGCAUGCUUAGUGAACGGUCCAACUCUUUGAGAAAAUCUGAUAGCCUGUCUGUGGAGGAAUCAAACGUUCUCUUUGUUGAUGGACUUCCCAAUGAUUGUACCAGAAGAGAAGUAGCUCAUCUUUUCCGUCCUUUUAUCGGCUUUAAAGAAAUCAGAGUUGUCCACAAGGAGCCUAGACGUACUGGAGAUAAGGCUAUGGUCCUGUGCUUUGUUGAGUUUGAUGAUGCAAAAUGUGCUGGCACUGCCUUAGAAGCUCUUCAAGGCUACAAGUUUGAUGACAAGAAACCAGAUGCUCCUGUCUUGAGGAUUCAAUUUGCACAUUUCCCCUUCCGUCCACCAUCUGAUCAUGAUGAGCGACGUCGUGGGCUUUCACGAUAGAACCACAACAAAGCUUUAUGGUGAACUGUUACUUGGAAAUAGAACACCUUUUUAUGUACGUACAUGUUGGGAACACAUUGAUAUCCAAGGGACCCCAUGUUCCAGCCUGCAAAUUCAGGUGUACAUUCAAGGGUGCCAACUACUGAACUAGAAGGUUGGUAUUUGUUGGUUCUGAAGAAAAUGGGAGAGUUUAUGAGUUUACUUUAUUUGACAAAUGAUUAGCAAAGAAGUUGCAUAUAUUCCUGUCCUUUUCCAGUUCUGCUUGACAGCUGAUAUUUAUUGAUGUAUUUGAUUUGGUUGAGGCAUAGCAUGUGGAAGAGUUAAUGAUAAAUUCGUGU